AUGCCGCUCGCUCCGCCUCUCGUCACUCGCGACCUGACGCACAGUCGCAAGCUCCCAGGCCGCCAGGCCGCCUUCCACACCGUCGCCGACGCCUUCCUGUCGCUCCUCGCCUCGCCCGAGCACCCUCUCGCCCCAGCUCUGCGCGCCGUCUUCCUCCCCGCCCUCCUCGGCAUCGACGCGCCUCGUCCUCGCGACAACGGCUCGGCCGACGAGCAGCUGCGCCGCCUGUUCGAGGACCCGCCGCAGGUCGUGCUCCUCCAGACGGUGCCGAGCGCCGAGGGCGUCGACGCGGCGUGGAAGACGAGGCCGGCCGAGAUGCUCUCGAGGGUCUUUGCCGCCUUUCCUCUGCACUCGGAGCUCGAGCGGGCCAAGGGCGAGGGCGAGCAGGAGGAGGUGGCCAACUUGUCGAUGAUGGUCAUCGCGACGCUCACGUACGAGCUCGCGCACUGGAUCUUUGUCAAGGCGCACGGCUACCGCCCGCACGACGCCAUGUCGGACACGGCGUCGCUGUACACGACGACGACGGCGCACUCGGUGUCGUCGAUCCACUCGUCGCGGUCGCUCCUCGCGCCGCACCGCGACAAGGACGACGUCGGGACGAGGGCCGUGCUCGCCCUCCUCGGGUGCGAGUACGAGCUCCUGACCUACACGAUCGGCGAGCGCGAGCUCGUCAAGCGGCGGUACCCGACUCGUCGCAGCGCGGCGCUCCAGCCGCCGGGCGUCUUCUUCCUCAUCGGCGACACGCCCGCGAUCCGCGACUGCACGACCAUGAGCCCGACCGCGAGCGGCAUGGUGCCGCCGCACCGCGAGGGCGACUCGAUGUACGCCGUCACGAGCGUCCUCACGCCGGCGGGCAUGGCGCGCAUGCACGGCAACUGCACGCUCGGCGGCGGCGGCGGCGGCACGAGCGUCGGCGCGCAGUCGGUCCAGGGCGUCAAAGUGAGCCUCGACGCCGCGUCGCAGCGCAGCGGUGCCGGCGGCGACGACGACGACGACGACGACGAUGGCAAGGGCUUGGACCCGAUGUACUCGAGCCUCUGA